AAGGGAGGACUGUGCUGUAAAAAGAGGGGUUGGUAAAGAGAAAAUAAGGCUACAGCAAUACAGAGACUGGGAAGAGGAAAUGUCCUAUUCAGGAGUCCAUAUCUGUGAACUUCAGGCAUAAUAUUAGAAUAAUAAAUGUUUAAAAAAUGGAAACUUCAUUGUCAAAAUCACACACAGGGGAGAAGCGACAUAAUUGUAAGGACUGUGGGAAAUGUUUCAUUGAAAGAAGUUCUCUUGCUAAACAUCAACGAACUCACACAGGAGAGAAGUCAUAUAAAUGUGUGGAAUGUGGAAAGAGCUUCAGUGACAGUGGACAUCUGCGUAUCCAUCAAAGGAUGCACACAGGAGAGACGCCACAUACAUGCAUGGAAUGUGGAAAGAGCUUCAGUCAGAGUGGAAAUCUACGCACCCAUCAAAGGAUUCACACAGGGGAGAAGCCACAUACAUGCAUGGAAUGUGGAAAGAGCUUCAGUCAGAGUGGAAAUCUACGCACCCAUCAAAGGAUUCACACAGGGGAGAAGCCACAUAUAUGCAUGGAAUGUGGAAAGAGCUUCAGUAAGAGUGGACAUCUGCGUAUCCAUCAAAGGAUGCACACAGGAGAGAAGCCACAUACAUGCAUGGAAUGUGGAAAGAGCUUCAGUGAGAGUGGACAUCUGCGUAUCCAUCAAAGGAUACACACAGGAGAGAAGCCACAUACAUGCAUGGAAUGUGGAAAGAGCUUCAGUCGGAGUGGAGAUCUGCGUAUCCAUCAAAGGAUGCACACAGGAGAGAAGCCACAUAAAUGCAUGGAAUGUGGAAAGAGCUUCAGUCAGAGUGGACAUCUGCGUAUCCAUCAAAGGACUCACACAGGGGAGAGACCACAUACAUGCAUGGAAUGUGGAAAGAGCUUCAGUCGGAGUGGAGAUCUACGCACCCAUCAAAGGACUCACAAAGGGGAGAAGCCAUAUAAAUGUGUGGAAUGUGGAAAGAGAUUCAGUGAGAGUGGACAUCUGCGUAUCCAUCAAAGGAUGCACACAGGAGAGAAGCCACAUACAUGCAUGGAAUGUGGAAAGAGAUUCAGUAAGAGUGGAAAUCUACGCACCCAUCAAAGGAUGCACACAGGAGAGAAGCCACAUACAUGCAUGGAAUGUGGAAAGAGAUUCAGUGAGAGUGGACAUCUGCGUAUCCAUCAAAGGACUCACACAGGGGAGAAGCCACAUACAUGCAUGGAAUGUGGAAAGAACUUCAGUGUGAGUGGACAUCUGCGUAUCCAUCAAAGGACUCACACAGGGGAGAAGCCACAUAAAUGCAUGGAAUGUGGAAAGAGCUUCAGUGAGAGUGGACAUCUGCGUAUCCAUCAAAGGAUGCACACAGGAGAGAAGCCACAUACAUGCAUGGAAUGUGGAAAGAGCUUCAGUCAGAGUGGAGAUCUACGCACCCAUCAAAGGACUCACACAGGGGAGAAGCCGCAUACAUGCAUGGAAUGUGGAAAGAGCUUCAGUCAGAGUGGAGAUCUGCGUAUCCAUCAAAGGAUGCACACAGGAGAGAAGCCACAUACAUGCAUGGAAUGUGGAAAGAGCUUCAGUCAGAGUGGAAAUCUACGCACCCAUCAAAGGAUGCACACAGGAGAGAAGCCACAUAAAUGCAUGGAAUGUGGAAAGAGCUUCAGUGAGAGUGGAAAUCUACGCACCCAUCAAAGGACUCACACAGGAGAGAAGCCACAUAAAUGCAUGGAAUGUGGAAAGAGCUUCAGUCAGAGUGGAAAUCUACACACCCAUCAAAAGAUUCACACAGGAGAGAAGCCACAUAAAUAGGACAAGUGCAAAGAAGCAGAAUGGUUGUCCAAAGAACUUCUAACGACUAUGACUCAAAAGGGACAUGAACAGGAAGUGGAAGGGGAAGAAAUCAUAUAACCAUAGAGUUGGAAGAGACCUCAUGGGCCAUCUAGUCCAACCCCCUGCCAAGAAGCAGGAAAUUGCAUUCAAAGCACCCCGGACAGAUGGCCAUCCAGCCUCUGCUUAAAAGCCUCCAAAGAAGGUUCCACAGCUGAACUGCUUUCACAAUGAGGAACUUCUUCCUUAUGUUCAGGUGGAAUCCCCUUUCCUGUAUUUUGAAGCCAUUAUUCUGCAUCCUAGUUUGCAGAGCAGCAGACAAUAAGCUUGCUCCCUCCUCCUUAUGGGAUUUUGGCCUGCAUAAAUAGGGGCAGAGUGUCUAGAUCCAGGGAAGUCAUGCUCCCCCUCUAUUCUGCCUUGGUCAGACCACUUUACCUGGAAUCACACUGUGUCUAAUUCUGGGCACUGCAAUUGAAAGGAGACGUUGACAAGCUGGAAUGUGUCCAGAGGAGGGCAACUAAAAUGAUCAAGGGUCUGGAGAACAAGCCCCAUGGGGAGCGGCUUAAAGACCUGGGCAUGUUUAGCCUGCAGAAGAGAAGGCUGAGAGGAGACAUGAUAGCCAUGUACAAAUACGUGAAGUCAUAGGGAGGAGGGAGCAAGCUUGUUUUCUGCUGCCCUGGAGACUAGGACGCAAUGGAACAAUGGCUUCAAACUACAGGAAAGGAGAUUCCACCUGAACAUCAGGAAGAACUUCCUCACGGUGAGAAGGGCUGUUCGGCAGUGGAACUCUCUCCCUCGGACU